GAGAGAGAGAGAGAGAGAGAGAGAGAGAGAGAGAGGGAGGGAGGGGGUAACUUUGUGUGGUUGCUGCCCUGCUGAGGGGCUCCAGCAGCACUGCGCUUCUGUGAAGUGCUCUCUCACCCGGGGGUGUGUUGUAGUGUGAGUGAGUGUGUGUGUGUGUAUAUGUGAACCAGCACCUCAGAAACCAUGUCGGACCCCAGGGACAUUGAUGAAGAUGCCAUCCUCAGGGGCCUUAGUGCCGAGGAGCUGGAGCGGUUGGACUAUGAGCUGCAGGAGCUGGACCCUGAGAAUGCCAUGCUGCCAGCUGGAUUGCGGCAGCGUGACCAGACAAAGAAAAGCCCGACCGGGCCGUUUGACCGUGAUGCCCUGAUGCAGCACCUGGAGAAACAGGCUCUAGAAUACGUGGACAGGGAGGACCUGGUGCCCUUCACUGGAGAGAAGAAAGGAAAAGCCUUUGUUCCUAAGAAACCAGAUGAAAUCCCUGAGCAUGAGAAGGUGUUUCUGGAGCCAGAGGUGGAGGAAGCGCUGAAGAACGCCAGUGAUGCAGAGAUGUGUGAUAUCGCAGCCAUCCUUGGAAUGUACAAACUGAUGAGCAACAAGCAGUACUACGACGCACUAGGUGCCUUGGGCACGAUCGCAAACAAAGAGGGCCUCAACAGUGUGGUUAAAGAAGAACCAUUCAAAAUCUUCCCAGAAGAGCCGCCCAAUACCACCAACGUAGAGGAAACCUUGGAGAGAAUCCUCAACAACGACAGCAGCCUGACUGAAGUCAACCUCAACAACAUCAAGGACAUUCCCAUCCCAACACUGAAAGAGAUCUUUGAGGCGAUGAAAGGAAACUCUCACGUGGAGUCUCUGAGCAUCGUUGCGACCCGUAGCAAUGACCCUGUAGCCUAUGCCUGUGCUGAGAUGCUGCAGGAGAACACCAGCUUGCAGAGUCUUAACAUCGAGUCCAACUUCAUCACUGCAGACGGCAUGAUGGCAAUCGUCAAAGCUAUGGCCAACAACGCCACACUGGUGGAGCUAAAGAUUGAUAACCAGAGGCAAAAGCUGGGAGACUCUGUCGAGAUGGAGAUUGCCUCCAUGUUGGAGAACAACUCCAGCAUCCUGAAGUUCGGCUAUCACUUCACCCAGCAGGGUCCCCGCACCAGAGCUGCCAUGGCCAUGACCAGAAACAACGACAUGAUUCGCCAGCAGAGAUUAAGAUGAAAGGAGGAGGAAACAGCACCCCACCACUCCGUUUGACCCAGUGAACCCAUCAAUAGCCUCAUGCCAACUGUGCCACCAUGUGUGGUGGUAAAUCCCUUCCGUCUGUAUUUAACCAUUUAGUUUCAUCGACUACAGCUGGUUGUAUGCAGCCUACUGAAUUCAUCAUGAUGUGAUGUAUCACAAUCAAAUGUCCUUUUUUUGUGCUUUUAUUUUGUGCAACACAAACAGCAUCCCAAAUAAAAAGUUGCUGGAUUUCACCAAGACAUUACAAUGUGGUGCUACUUUUGGAG